AUGGUUCCUUUCUCUGUGCAAGUGUACAGUGCUGUGGGAAAUUUAACAUCAAGAUAUCUUGUGAUUACAAAGGAGAUCCAACUUAUGUUUUUGUUAUUUUCAGAUGGUAAUACUUCAAAGAAGGAUCGACCAAAAAAAUCUGCUGAAGUCAAACCCAAGGUUUCUGCCCCUGCCGAAGCUGAAAUUUCCAUUAGUAGAUUAGAUAUUCGUGUUGGUCUCAUUACAAAAGCCCAGAAACAUCCCAAUGCUGAUUCUUUGUAUGUGGAAGAGAUUGACGUUGGUGAAGCACAGCCUCGCACUGUUGUUAGUGGCCUGGUUAAGUAUAUCCCUCUGGAGGAAAUGCAGAAUCGGAAAGUAUGCGUUCUUUGUAACCUGAAGCCAGGAGCCAUGAGGGGUAUAAAGUCCCAAGCAAUGGUCCUUGCUGCUUCUAGUAGUGAUCACACGAAGGUUGAAUUGGUUGAACCUCCCCAAGGUGCCGUUGUUGGUGAAAGAGUGACAUUCCCAGGAUUUGAAGGCACGCCCGACAAGGUAUUGAACCCUAAGAAGAAGGUAUGGGAAACAUUGCAAGUCGAUAUGCGUAGUGACAAGGAGUUGGUGGCCUGCUACAAAGAUGUGCCCUUUACCACAUCUGCAGGUGUCUGCAAAGUUUCAUCAAUUAGUGAAGGAUCAAUAAGGACACAAGUGUUUAUUGUGUUGUCUGAUCAAUGCAAAAAGGAUUGA